CUGGCCCUUAACCUUCAAAGAUGGCCGCCUCCAGGUGAUGGUGUUUUGUAAGGAGAUUUGAAGUUUACGUAACUCGCCACCUACAGAGGUCUCUAUGGCAGCCAAAAUUUUGGAAUGGAUGAGUUCCAACAAGACGAUUAUCAAAAUAGGUGCAAAUUUUGGUAUCCUAUAUGGAUUGAGUGUGUUACCUGGAACAGCUGGCCUUAUGACAUACAAGCAGUACUAUCAACUGAGAAUGAGGGAUCCCACGGCAGAAACACCUGUAGUGUGCCAUCCUAAUGACAUGCUGAAAGGUUGCAUCUAUGAAGUGAAGAAUGAUUUCCGGUACUGGAAGACAAAUCAAGAAGAUCAGGCAAAAGAUCAUUUAGAAUUUGAGGAGUCACUGAAUGAUAAAGUAAAAUUCAUGAUGGUUCCAAGCACUAAUCCAGGUCACAAAGGCAGCAUGAUGAGUAAAUUUGGGUGCAUUAUCAGUAUACCACAAUACUUUAUGGUUCAUGUACUGGAUGAAAUACCUGCGGUGAAUUCCCUCUCCAAAGGGAGGCUACUCUCUGUACUCACAAAAGGCCAAGUAGAUAGGACUCCAAGAGUUCCAGUGGAUAAUGAAUCUGUGGAUGGCAUCGCCCUUAGACAUUCCCUUCUGUUGACAAGAGAAGAGAAGAAAUUUGUUAUGAUGAGAGAACUGAUUUCUUGUCGAAGCAAUUCUGAUUAUGUGAUAGGCGUUCUCCGAUGUGUAACAGCAGGGACAUGUGUAGGUCUGAUGUACUAUGUUAGGGAGUUUAUGAUGAACAAUGUUGGGAAUUUCUUCUCUAUGCUGGCUAAAACAGACCUACAACCUAUCUCAACACUUUUUGCCAGGGGAUCACUGUAUAUGUUAAUACUUGGCACGAGUCUAGUGACUUAUUAUAGUUUGCUAUUCAUGUACAAAAGUCAUCGAGAGAAGCAAACAGACUGGGCAGUGGCUGCCAUCAGUCAGGAUUAUGCAAAAGCAGGAAAAGGCUACUAUAAUCGUAUCUUGUCAAGGAAUUUAUCAUGCAGAAAUAUCUUGGGACCACAAGAUGGGCCCUAUUUGUACACAGCUAAGGGUGACUUAAAGUCAUGGUUCUUUGCUCAGGAAACUCCAAUCACAGAACGUCUGGCCAUCAUGGAGAGUUACCUGUCAGAGUACAAUCAGAAGGAAAACAUCUCAAAUGUCAAUGAAGAGCAGACAGGUCUGUAAUGAUGGGUGUGAUUUAGACAUUUUGAAUUAUUAAUAAAAUUUCAGUCUCAGUUUUUUCUAUACAA